AAAGUUAAAACUGAGAAAUUAAAAGCCUAAAAAGCAAAAUCAGGACAAACUUGUACCGUCAACCCGACUGUCUAGGGAAGAAACAUCUGCACAGACCAACUCGGCUACUGGGAACAGUGAGCAAAACGGGCUCGGCGCCGGUGCCCACACUCAAGAUGGCACCCGCCUGAGACUCGCCUGUGCGGCCGCUCUAUCUCGCUUCCGGGUUCGUUUGCCUCAGUGCUGGUGUCGGACAGGCGAAGGCUGGCACUCUGUCCCAUUUCCGGGUCCGUCUCUAUGGUGUCGGAGAGAGCCGAGUCGGGAAGAUUGCCGGUAUAGUGGCCACGGCUUCACGGGAUCUGCUCAGCCUUGAGGAAGAGCUGCAGUACAGCCACACUGCAUAAGGGAUGGGAUCAGAGAACAGUGCUUUAAAAAGCUAUACACUGAAAGAACCACCAUUCGCCUUACCUUCUGGACUUGCUGUUUAUCCAGCUGUACUGCAAGAUGGCAAAUUUGCUUCAGUGUUUGUUUAUAAGAGAGAAAACGAAGACAAAGUUAAUAAAGCUGCCAAGCACUUGAAGACACUACGUCACCCUUGCUUGCUAAGAUUUUUGUCUUGUACUGUGGAAGCAGAUGGCAUUCAUCUUGUCACUGAGCGAGUGCAGCCUCUGGAAGUGGCUUUGGAAACACUGUCUUCUGCAGAGGUCUGUGCUGGGAUCUAUGACAUACUGCUGGCUCUCAUCUUCCUUCAUGACAGAGGAAACCUAACACACAACAACGUCUGCUUGUCAUCUGUGUUUGUGAGUGAAGACGGCCAUUGGAAGUUAGGCGGCAUGGAGACUGUCUGCAAAGUUCCUGAGGCCACACCAGAGUUUCUGAGGAGUAUUCAGUCAGUAAGAGACCCAGCAUCUAUUCCUCCUGAAGAGACGUCUCCAGAAUUCACAACUCUGCCAGAGUCCCAUGGACAUGCCCGGGACGCCUAUUCAUUUGGAACAUUGGUGGGAAGUUUGCUCACAGUCUUAAGUGAACAGGUUUCAGCGGACAUUCUCUCCAGCUUUCAACAGACCUUGCACUCAACUUUGCUGAACCACAUUCCAGACUGCCGGCCAGCGCUGUGCACUUUACUGUCCCAUGACUUCUUCAGAAAUGAUUUUCUAGAAAUUGUGAAUUUCUUGAAAAGUUUAACAUUGAAGAGUGAAGAGGAAAAAACUGAAUUUUUCAAAUUUCUGCUGGACAGAGUCAGCUGUUUGUCAGAGGAAUUAAUAGCCUCAAGGUUGGUGCCUCUUCUGCUUAAUCAGUUGGUGUUUGCAGAACCAGUAGCUGUUAAGAGUUUUCUUCCUCAUCUGCUUGGCCCCAAAAAAGAUAACGUGCAGGGGGAAAGCCCUUGCUUGUUGUCGCCAGCCCUGUUCCAGUCCCGGGUGAUCCCCAUGCUUCUGCAGCUGUUUGAGGUUCACGAGGAGCAUGUGAGGAUGGUGCUACUGGCUCACAUCGAGGCUUAUGUGGAGCACUUUACUCAGGAGCAGCUGAAGAAAGUCAUCUUGCCGCAGGUAUUACUGGGCCUGCGAGACACCAGUGAUUCCAUUGUGGCAAUUACUCUCCAUAGCCUGGCAGUGCUGGUCUCUCGACUUGGACCAGAGGUAGUUGUGGGAGGAGAGAGAACCAAGAUCUUCAAACGUACUGCCCCAAGUUUUACUAAAACUACUGACCUUUCCCCAGAAGGUGAUCAGUUUUCUCAGCCUGUUAAAUUUGCCAUGAAUGGAAUCUCAGAUGUGAAAAAUACUUCAGAGGACAGUGAAAACUUCCCAUUAAAUUCCAAAAAGUCUGAAGAGUGGCCUGAUUGGAGCGAGCCUGAGGAGCCUGACAACAAAACUGUCAACAUACAGAUUUGGCCUAGAGAGCCAUGUGAUGCUGCCGAGUCUCCAUUCACUAUGAAGGAGGAGUCUUGGGAUGACUUUCAGCCCAGCAACUUAGAUACUAAAAUAAACCUUGGAGGCGGAGUCCCUGCUGCCAUACCUGUUAGCUUGGGGAAGCAGAAGCCCAUUCCUGCUGUGCUUCCGUCCACUGAGGAGUCUGGGCCUUUGAAAUCAAGCCCCUCCCCAAAGACCAGGCUUGUAGAAAGUGAGGAUGACCCAAACCACAUCAAGCCACCAAAAGUGUCAUCACAAGAAAGGCUGCUCAAGGUUCCAUCAGAACUUGGUUUAGGAGAGGAGUUUACCAUUCAAGUAAAGAAGAAGCCAGUACAAGAUCCUGAGUUGGACUGGUUUGCUGAUAUGAUCCCAGAAAUUAAACCUUCAGCUGCUUUUCUUAUUUUACCUGAACUAAGGACAGAAAUGAUGGUUCCCAACCAGGAUGAUAUCUCACCAGUGAUGCAGUUUUCCUCAAAAUUUGCUGCGGCAGAAAUUACUGAGGGAGAGGCUGGUGGCUGGGGAGAAGAAGGGGAGCUGAACUGGGAAGAUAAUAGCUGGUGACAACGGGUAUGAAUUAAACUUUAGGAAAAAAGAUUCCUUUUUUUUUCUCCUUUAAUCAAAUUAAUACCUCGAAAGCAGGCUCUGAGGACAAGAAGACCCAGAACAGCCUGUUUUUCCUAUACCAGGAGCUCUCUUCCCAUCUGUGCCAACUGAA